AUGACAAAGUCGUGUACGAUAUGCUCGAAGCCGCGUGAUGUGCUUGUCCGAUGUCAAAUCGACGACACGCAAAAAUGGCACUUCGUCUGCCCCGGUGCAUGCUGGAAGUCUGUAUCUGGAGGCAUUGAAGAUGCUAAAGGAAUGAAAGACGAAUAUCCCCAUUACCGAUAUGGUGGCAUGUGGAAAGAUAGAAGUGCGGAUGGACCAGUCAGUGCUAAGAAACCGAAGAAAGUGAAGGAGAGACAAAGGGAAGAGAUGAAGGUACGAAAUGACAAGACGAGGGAAAGCCAUGACAGUGCACAGGGAGACGAGGAUGGUGUCGUGACGGAAGGUUGA